GCAGCAGAAGCAGCAGCAGUGACGACCCAAGGCAUCCAGUGCAUCCCUCCAAAGGCUUGACUACUCGAGAAACUGUGUCCGUCGGGGUUUCAACCGGAUUCUUCGAGCUGUUUACCGGUUUGGCCGAGCGCGGACCACGUGUCGAAAUAAUGUUCAACAAAAUGAAUCCCUUAGCGUCCAAGCAGGUGUUAGUUUUCAUACUAAUUGCAUUAUCAUGUAUAUCUAUAACUAUGUGUAAUAGAGAAAUGAAUACUAAAAACAUUUCAAAAAUACCUACUCUAGAACUAGAUUUUGUAAUUGAUUAUGGCAUUAAACAAAUGGAUAUGCUUUCUCGCUUGGAAUAUUCGUUAGCAAAUGCCAAUAAAACUGUACAGAUUGGAAGUUCUUCUUUUGGACAGUUCAUUGAUUCUAAGCCAUCCACGGAAACUCUUGUAGAAUCCCGAUAUGCCGAGGUCGUUAUUAAAGCUACAACCUAUAUAGCGAACAAAUAUUUUUUAAUCUACGGAAAGGAUUCGGUGUUAUUUGCGAAGACUUUAUCUAACAUACAAUUGAACGAAACUUCUUUAGGUAAAAUGUGUGUUUCCUACAAAUUCAAAGCAAGUACUUGCCUAGUUAGGAACCUGAAAUAUCGGAGUUCAGAUGGUUCAUGUAAUAAUUUGAAAAAACCUUAUUGGGGAAAAUCAAACACAGCUUACCGUCGCAAUAUAUAUCCCUCAUACAAAGAUGGGAUAAGUGAAAUGAAUAAUCUGCUUCCCAAUCCCAGGGAGUUGAGCAAUAGUCUAGCUGAAUACAAAUACCACAUCGACACGGAUCGAACGAUGGCGGUUGGAAUCUGGGCUUUGUUCAUAGGCCAUGAUAUGUCCCACACCGCUGUUUCCAGUUCGGGGGCCACCAACAAAUCUAUCGAAUGUUGCGACGAAAGCGGAUCUCCGCUAUCGCCACGGUACAUGCACCCGUUGUGCGCGCCAAUCAAAAUAGCCGAUACCGAUCCGUAUUUUCGACCGUUGCGUCGCACUUGCAUGAACUACGUGCGUUCGGCACCGACCUUGCGAACUGAUUGCACGUUCGGACCUAGAGAACAAGUCAAUCAAGCCACCCACUACUUGGACGGGUCAAUGAUCUACGGUACUUCGUACCGGGUGAUGAAAUCGCUGAGGAAAAACUCGGGAGGUCUGAUGUUGAUGGAUUCGCUGUCACCCGACAACAUCACGGUGCUGCCGGUGUCCGACGACCCGACGCUAUGCCACACCGACGACAAGUGCUACAGGUCUGGCGACAGCAGGGUGAACUCGCAUCCGUAUUUGCUGGCCCUUUACACCGUGUGGGUGAAGGAGCACAAUCGGAUCGCCGGCGAACUAGCCCUAAUCAAUCCACACUGGAACGACGAGACGUUGUUUCAAGAGACCAGACGAAUAAUAAUAGCCAUGAUCCAGCACAUAACUUUCAACGAAUGGCUGCCCGUUUUAGUGAGCGACUCGCACUCCAACCCGUUUCUAAGGCAAUAUUUCGAUUUGACCGGGGCCGUUGAAAAUUACACCGACAACGUUGAUGCCACAACCACCAACGUUUUCGCGAACGUAAUAGUACCCAUGGCUUAUUCAGCGUUUGGCAUGCACAUAGUCUUGAAUCAUGAUGAUCAGCGAAUGAACAGCACAUAUGAAUCGAACAAGCAUUACAAUAAGAAACCGUACGAAAUGCUCACGUUGCAUUUCGACAAUUUGCUCAGAGGUUUUACCUCGCAGAAGACAGACCAAAUCGAUAUGUCUUUUUCGAAUCAUGUAACAAAUCAAUUGCAUGAGGAUAAUGGGUUUGGUAUGGACAUUGUGAGCUUGAGCAUACAACGUAGCCGUGAUCAUGGUAUUCCUAGUUUUACGAAAUUUAGAAGACCUUGUGAAUUGACCCCGAUAGAAAAUGAAAAAGAUUUGGUCAAGAUUAUGGACGAAACAAUUGUCAGUAAAUUAAUGAGAAUAUAUAAAAAUGUGGACGAUAUAGAACUCAUUGUAGGUGCACUAUUAGAGAAACCAGUAAAAGGUUCAAUGAUUGGCUCAACAAUGAUGUGUAUAAUCAGAGAUCAAUUAGUAAGAAUUAGAAUGGGGGACAGAUAUUUUUAUGAUUUGCCAAAAGUCUUCACACAAAACCAAUUGGCAGAAAUCAGAAAUGUAACUUUGGCCAGACUGUUGUGUUCUAAUAGCAAUGCUAUCAAGCAAGUUCAACUAAAUGUCUUUAAAACAGUUGAUGCAAACAAUGAUGCUGAAAUGUUUGAUUGUGAUUCAACAUUAAUUCCCAAACUGAACUUACAACAUUGGGUAGAAAUCAUUGAUUCAAACUUCAAAUAAAAAUUAUUUUAUUAAUUGCAUAGUACAAUAUUAGUUUUUAAAACUUCAAUAGUAAUAACUAA